AUGGCUGCCACAAGCACCACCGGAGUUUUCAUCUUCUUCACCAUGCUUGCGAUCACUUUCUCCGCCGUGACCGACGCGACGCAAUCACCUUCUUCUUCUUCUCCACCGAUCCUGACUUGUACAGAGGAGCUCGUUAUGUUCUCUCCUUGUCUUCCUUACGUCUCUGCUCCACCAAACAACUUGUCAGAUACGCCGAAUCCAAUUUGCUGCUCGGUUUUCUCAUCGUCUGUUCGUACUAACGCCGGAAAAUGCCUCUGUUAUCUUCUCCGGCAACCGAUGAUACUUGGAUUCCCGUUGGAUAGAUCUAGAUUGCUUUCUAUUUCCCAGAUCUGUACCGAUCAUAGCUCCGAUGAGUCAUUCGAGUCUCUCUGCUCACCAUCAGAGUCGCCGGAGCUACCACCGCUUCAGAGUAUCCAGUUCACAAAUCCGUUUGUUCCCGGUAAGAGACUAUCGUUUCGGUUGAUUCGGUGA